AUGAUGAAAGAAAUUGGUUAUCAUACAAAUUUAAUAAAUUUAAAACAUUAUUUUUAUACAAACGGUGAUAAUAAUAAUGAAUUAUAUUUAAAUUUAGUAAUGGACUAUAUACCUGAAACAUUAUAUCGAGUAGUUAAAUAUUAUAGUAAAAAAUAGAAAGGGAAUUUCCCAAAUAUACUACUAAAAUUAUACUCAUACUAAUUAAUAAGGGCAUUAGGUUAUAUAUAAACUCUUGGUAUUUGCCAUAGAGAUAUAAAACCAACUAAUGUAUUAGUUGAUCCCAGAAACCAUUCUCUUAAAAUGUGUGAUUUCGGUUCUGCAAAAAAAUUAAUUUCAGGAGAAGCUAAUAUAUCUUAUAUAUGUAGCAGAUAUUAUAGAGCGCCUGAACUUAUGUUUAUGGCUACUUAAUAUACUACUUCUAUUGAUAUAUGGUCUGUGGGUUGUGUUAUUGCUGAAAUGGUUUUGGGAGAACCUAUUUUUGCAGGAGAAUCUAGUGUUGAUUAAUUAGUAGAGAUUAUUAAAGUAUUAGGAACUCCUUCAACUUAAUAAAUUUAAAUUAUGAACUAAGAUCAUUAAUAAUCUAAAUUACCUUAAAUAUAACCCACUCCUUGGAACAAAGUAUUUUAAAAUUGUAAAGUUGAUCCUCUGGCUGUUGAUUUGAUUUCUAAAAUGCUUAUAUAUAAUCCAGAGAAAAGAAUUAAACCUUUAUAAGCUUUAUAACAUCUUUACUUUAAAGAAAUAAAAAAUUCUAAAUGUAAAAUUAAUGGGAAAAAUUUACCUGAAUUAUUUGAUUUUACCAUUGGUUUUUUAUUUUAUUUUUAUAUUAUUUUUAUAUAUUUAAUUAUUAGAUGA